UGUAUCCGUGUAAAGAUGGCGGAAGUACAGGAGUCCAGCAAGCCUUUGUUUGCAGGUUUGUCGGACAUCUCAAUCUCAGAUGACAUCCCAGUGGAGGGGGACAUAUCAGUGCCAGUUGGCUCACAUAAUACAGAUGAUGAUCUCUCAACUUUGGAUGAGCCAGUCAAAGACACCAUUCUGAGGGAUUUGAGAGCUGUUGGACAGAAGUUUGUCCAUGUGAUGUACCCCAAGAAAAGUACUGCAUUACUCAGAGACUGGGACUUAUGGGGACCUCUCCUCCUCUGUGUCACUCUGGCAUUAAUGUUGCAGGGUGGAUCAGCUGACAGCGAGGAAGACGGCAGGCCACAGUUUGCAGAGGUCUUUGUCAUCAUCUGGUUCGGUUCUGUAAUCAUCACCCUAAACUCCAAACUUUUAGGAGGAACUAUAUCAUUCUUCCAGAGUCUGUGUGUGUUGGGAUACUGUAUUCUUCCUCUGACUGUGGCUAUGUUAGUUUGCCGCAUUGUGCUGCUGGGGGGCUCAGGCGUUUUCAGUUUUGCUAUCCGUCUCAUUGUUGUCACCGCCUCCUUUGGCUGGUCAACAUUUGCCUCCACAGCAUUUCUUGCAGACAGUCAACCGGCCAACAGGAAAGCUCUGGUCGUGUAUCCUGUGUUCCUGUUCUACUUUGUGAUUGGCUGGAUGGUCUUGACAUUUUCGCCUUCUCAUUAGCAUACAGAUACUCUACGCCAAUUGUGCAACAUACUUUAAUUCCUCCCCUUAACAAUGACCACCAGUAGAUUGUCUGGAAGCUGGUCAUUGAUUGGCCUAGAAUCAAAUGAGGUGGAGCGCUUAUCAAGGGACAAACAGUGGAGAGUAAUGGAUUAGUGAUAUCGCUAUCACUCCUUCCCAUCCCUCGUUUAGUUGGAGAAGGAGAGGAGGACAUCAAUUAUUCUACGCUACUUAUUUAACAACAGCCUACGUCACUCUCAGUCCGUCAAACUUCGGAUGCUGGCACCUUGUGUGUGUGUGUGUGUGUGUGUGUGUGUGUGAGUGUGAGUGUGAGAAAGAGUGUGAGAAAGAGUGUGAGAAAGAGAGGGAGAAAUAGAGAAUAUGUUAGUCUUGAUGUGUGCAAAUAUGUUUUGUUACGUGUGAGACUAGAUACUUUGUACUGUGCGUCAGGCAUGGCUUUGUGCAUAAAAAGCCAUGUCGGGGUGCAUAUGCUUAUUCAGGCACAGACAUGUUAUUGUGUCAUCAUGUAUGUAAUUGCUUGUGUGUUUGAUUGAACAUUGUGUCAGUUGCCUCUGCUGGGAGCUCUAAAAUCCUCCUGGAGAAUUAUUCAGCUAUUAUCAGGCUGCACAUUCACUUCAGUGUUUACUAACAGAGGUCAAGUCUCUAAGACUCACUUAAUGGCACUGUGCACAACAACAGACCUGGAGAUGGCUAAACUUUUUUUCUUUGGUGUUUUCUUUGUUCUGAAUGAUAUUUGUUUGGACUUAAAUUAAAUGUAUUUUGUUCUAAACGGUGGAGGAAGACAUUCCAGAAUGAAAUAAAAAUUUACUUUCUAAGUGCAGCAGAGAUGGGUUCUAUUUGUCUGUCUGUGUCUAUUUUUACAUGGAAAUGUAAAACAAGUAGGUUGAAUUUGGAAGAGAAACACAUUUUCUGUCUGUCUGAGGUUCAUUGAUGUGAUGCCCAUUGUUUUGUGUGGCUCAAUGAAGUUAUUCAAGCAUAUAUUAAAAAUAAAUACUGUGAUGAAGCUGUUUUCUGUCAUUUUGAUGUUUUUUUUUUUGGAGCUUAAAUUAUAAUGUCUAAGUAGUGUAAGCACCCGUUGACAAAAGUCUUAUUAAAAGCUGAAAGUCUUAA